GCAAGUUGCUAGUCAGUGAGAAGAUACUAACAUGAUACAAAUGUAGAUUGAGUUUUGGCAUUCUUAUUCGUGAGAGGAUAGGUUGCUUAUCAGGAUUGCAUUAUGCCGUUGCGAUUCAUAACAUAAAGUUUCAUUUUCUGAACCAUUGCAUCAAGACCAUUAAUUGGAUAUAAUGUCAAAAUCAGGUGCAGAAUGUGUGAAAGUAGUCGUGAGAUGUAGGCCUUUAAGUGAGAAAGAAACAUCAGAAGGAUAUGAAAGGGUGGUAGACAUGUUUCCAGAACGAGGAGUUGUGGAAAUAAAAAACCCUAAGAAUGGAGAAGUACCAAAACAGUUCACUUUUGAUGCAGUGUAUGAUUGGAAUUCUAAACAGUUGGAUUUGUAUGAUGAAACCUUUCGCCCUUUGAUUGAUUCAGUUUUAAAGGGUUUCAAUGGAACUAUAUUUGCAUAUGGACAAACAGGAACUGGAAAAACUUACACAAUGGAAGUGAAAUGUAAUGAAUUACAGGAAGAAAUUCGAGAUCUUUUAGCAAAGGACCAAAGCAAGAGAUUAGAGCUAAAAGAAAGACCAGAUAUUGGAGUUUACGUGAAGGAUUUGUCAUCAUUUGUAUGUAAGAGUAUAAAGGAGAUAGAACACGUAAUGACAGUAGGCAACCAAAACAGAUCGGUUGGAGCAACCAACAUGAACUUACAUAGUUCUCGGUCACAUGCAAUUUUUAUCAUUACGAUAGAACAUAGUCAGGUGGGACCAGAUGACAAAAAUCACAUACGGGUUGGAAAGUUAAAUCUUGUGGAUCUUGCAGGUAGUGAGAGACAGGCCAAGACUGGUGCCAUGGGUGAGAGACAGAAGGAAGCAAUCAAAAUUAACUUGUCACUCUCAGCCUUGGGAAACGUGAUUUCUGCUCUAGUGGAUGGUAAGAGCUCUCACAUACCGUACAGGGAUUCCAAGCUCACAAGGUUACUCCAAGGUAUAUAUUCUUCUGUGUAA